CGACCCCCCAAUAACCAGAGUGGGGGGAGGGGCGGGGGGAGGGGCGGGGCCGUGUCCCCCCAAACCUUCCCCCCCCCCUUCCCCCCCCGAAGUGGUUCCGCCCGCUCCGAGCAUCGCCCGGCACCGAUCGCGGCUCCGGCUCCGACCCCUGAGGACCCCCCCAUGAAGGGCGAGACCCCCGUGAACAGCACCAUGAGCAUCGGGCAGGCGCGCAAGAUGGUGGAGCAGCUCAAGAUCGAGGCCAGCAUGUGCCGGAUCAAGGUGUCGAAGGCGGCGGCGGAGCUGCUGACCUAUUGCGAUGCUCACGCCUGCGAGGAUCCGCUCAUCACCCCCGUGCCCACCUCCGAGAACCCCUUCCGGGAGAAGAAGUUCUUCUGCGCCCUCCUCUGAGCGACCCACACUUGGGGGGCAGAGCCGCACUUGGGGGGCAGAGCUGCGCUUGGGGGGCAGAACUGCACUUGGGGGGCAGAGCCAUCACUUGGGGGGCAGA